AUGGGGAACCAGAAAAUUAUACAUUGCCCUUACGUGGAAUGCGAUCCCUCAAAAGAUUCGGCCCUUAAUGCGAUUUCUAUUGCUACGAGUUUAUUUUACAAUUUCAAGCCUGACAAAAUGUUAUACAAACAAGGCCUCGAAAAACAUUUCGAUCAUAUGCUAGAGAACAAAGUUAUAAAACAUUUCCCGUUUGAAUUUAAAAAAUUGAAUGAUCCAUCAAUUUACCAUUUUGAUGAAAGUCUUAUUACCACCGGCGAUUGGUUGAACGACGAUCAUAUGUACUGUGUUAAUUAUCUGUACAAAAAUAUUCCGGUUGCACGAGAAUCUAAACAUUUCCAAAUCUUGCACGGCUCAAAUCACUGGAUAUGUUAUAAAUACGAAAACAACAAUAUAUCUUUAUAUGAUUCAAAAUUCAACGGCAACUUGAAUGAGCUACAAGAGAAGUUCCUUCGAUAUUUACAUCCUUCGUGUUAUAUCGAACAAUAUACUCCGAACGUUACCUGUCCGUCUGUACAACAACAACUUAAUAGCGAUGAUUGUGGUGUUUUUGCCAUCGCAUUUCAAGUUAGUCUUAUAUUCGGAUAUGAUCCGCAGCACCUAUUCUAUGAAAGAUCUCAAAUGAGAAAACAUCUACUAAACAUACUUAGAACCAAGACCUUAGAAAAUUUCCCAUUAAUUUAUAAACAACAAGAAAUCGCCUUUAGCAUUCAUGCGUAUGAGUGCUGUCAAUUACAAUCACAACAGCCGGCUAAUGAAGACCAUGAACAUGUCCACGUCGAUCAGAUAAAUGGCGAACAGCAGACUGGUCCCAAAGAUGCAGACUAUUUUGAAAUCACUAAAGAAAAAAACACCAACAAGAAAAAUAAGAAAAAAAUCGUCUACUACGACUACCAGAAAGAAGUAUUCAUGCAACACAAAUACGUUCAAAUAGUAUUAGAUAAGUUACACAAUUUACAUGACGAUCAGCUUGAUCAUGAAAACAAUCGAUUGAAAUCUCAGAAUAUAAUCAAGUGGGUAUUUUACAAUAAAAAAAAAAAACAAUCAAUAAACUUAAGUGGACGUUUCAAGUAAAAUGUAAAAACAUCGUUACAGUUGCUUUGGAAAAAUCGCAACUCAUUCCUAAAUCAAACGUUGAAACAUAUGUUGAGGCACUCUGCGGAAAAAGUCUUCAUACGCAUAACAGUCAGCCUUUCUUUAACGAAAUUGGAUUGAAUGCAAAACGCAUGGAGGUUGAGGAUAAUUUGGUGACUGAUGAACCAAUGCAACUUGAUCUCCAAGUACC